UUGAAGAACCAGACUACGACACGGAUUUGAAAAUCAACCUAACAGCUCAAAUGAGGCAGAGGUAAAGUUUAAUUGCAGAUGGCACGCGCGAACAUGUCUUGGAAUACCGAAGAGAAUUAUUGAACAAUUUUCUUACAUGUUGUGGUAUUGAUCCUUUACCAAAAGUCGAUAAAAUGAGUGAGCAUUCAGAACGAACUAAAAGAUUGUACAUUAGCAAAGCAUGUGACAUCAUCUCCGUGGUUAUCAAACUGAUUUAUCCAACCAAUCCAGGGGGGCUUUGGAAGUCUCUCAAAGAGAAUACUUCUAUAGACAGUGCGCUUGGCAUAAUUCCUGAGGAGCACCAAAUCUCUCCCGAGGAGUCAAAGUACCUCCAGUCAUUGAGUGAAGCAUAUGAGAAUGCAACUACAUGGGCUACUAGAAGGCAGAUCUUAUCUGUUAYGGCAGACCUUGCUCCCUACAAAACGUUGGUCAAAUUCAUUCCAGGUCUGACACAGUACCGAGUUACAGAAGCAAGGAAACAUAAAACGUUAUAUGGUCGUGGUACUCCAAUUUCCUUCAGUACUCAGAACAGACAGAGAGUUGACCCGUGCCAAUUAGAAGACUUCAUUAAUUUCAUAACAAGCUCCUUUGUAGUGCAAGGUUUACCAUUUGGCGAGAAAAACCUGAAACUUGAAUCUGGAGAAGUCAUUCGUAUUCCAAACGUUAUCAGAGUAUCAAUAAUUGAGMGGAUAAUUGACCAGUACCUUAGUUAUGCCAAGGAGACAGAAAAGACACCACUGAGUAGAAGCACUCUAAGGCGUGUACUAUCAGUUUGCAGCGCGUCAACCAGAAAGAGUCUUCAGGGUCUGGACUACUUCUCAGCUGAUGCUGGUAAGGCAUUUGAUGACCUCGCGCUUAUUGUAAAUACUCUAGAAGAAUGUGGAAUGGAUUCCAUCAAAGCUGAAGACAUCAAAGGCAGACUUUUAUCAGGAAAACAGUACUUGAAGAGUGACUACAAGGUGCACGUAUCUGAGAAUUCAACCAUUCCAGACCAUUGUAUAAAGUAUUCUCUCAGUAACAGCAGCAAGAAAGUUUUUCAAGCAACUUGUGAUGAUCAUUUACACAACCAAACUCAGGACCGCUGUGAAGACCUCAAAGUCACUCUCGAUGAAAUCAAAUCUGAAGUUGAGCACACUCGUUUUUCAAAUGAUGACGAGAAAGACAACGCCACGUAUAUAGUUCGUGAAGCCUGCAACAACAUUGAAGCAUAUAAGAGACAUCAAUUAAGGACAAUAAAUCAGGACAAGGCUAAACAUGAUGUUAUGGAACUACUCGAUGAACACACCGUGCUCAUAAACUUGGUGUUGGAUGGCGCAGGAGGAAGAACAUUUGCAGAGUACCAGAAGAACUGGCAAAGCAUAAGACCACCAGCAAAGGAGAAAAAGGAAUAG